AUGGGUAAAAUUAAGAAGAAGGGUACCUCUGGCCAGGCCAAAAACUACAUUACCAGAACUCAGGCUGUUCGCAAGCUUCAGAUUUCUCUGCCUGACUUCCGUCGUCUAUGUAUCUUCAAGGGUAUCUAUCCUCGUGAGCCCCGGAGCAAGAAGAAGGCCUCGAAAACAUCGACCCCCAACACCACUUUCUAUUACACCAAGGACAUUCAGUAUCUUCUCCAUGAACCCCUUCUUAGGAAAUUCCGCGACCAGAAGGCGGUCGCGAAGAAGAUUGCUCGAUCCCUUGGUCGCGGAGAAGUCGGCGAUGCUGCACGGUUGGAGAAGAACCACGCUCCCAAGCUCACAUUGGACCAUGUUAUCAAGGAGCGCUAUCCUACCUUCAUUGACGCCUUGAGAGAUCUGGAUGACGCGCUUUCGCUUCUUUUCCUCUUUGCCAACUUGCCUUCGGACGCCCAUGUUCCUCCUAAGACCAUUGCGCUCUGCCAACGCCUCUGCCACGAAUUCCAGCAUUACCUGAUCACGACCAACUCUCUCCGCAAAUCUUUCCUUUCGAUCAAGGGUAUCUACUAUCAGGCUACCAUCCAAGGACAAGAUAUCAUGUGGCUGGUUCCAUACCGAUUCGUGCAAAGAGUGAACGGCGAUGUCGAUUAUCGUAUCAUGGCCACAUUCGUUGACUUCUAUACGACUCUGCUGGGCUUCGUGAACUUCCGCUUGUACUCCUCCAUUGGUUUGAGAUACCCGCCCAAGUUCGACACUAGAAGCGACGAGAACGGUGCGGAAUUGGCGGCUUUCACCCUUGAGGGCCGUGCUGUCGGCGAUGUUCCCAAGGCUAUUGAGGCGGGUCAUACGCAGAGAAGCAGUUCUGCUAACAAGGAGGUCUCCCGCGACAUUCAAGCCAAGGUCGACAAGGUUAUUAAAUCCGCUGGACUGGAUCAGGCCAAGGAUGAACAGACUGCCGAGACUACCGAGGAGUCGAGUGACACUAUCGAUAAGUUUGAGCCUGCGGCUCCCGAGGCCGAUACACUUGCACAGCCUGACUUGAGCGGAAGCCAAGCUGGAUCUCUGUUUGCCCCGUUCACAUUCUACAUCUCCCGUGAGGCACCCAGAGCUCCCCUGGAGUUCCUUCUGCGGGCUUUCGGCUGCAAGCGGAUUGGCUGGGAUGCUGUGCUCGGUGACGGUGCAUUCACAAAUGACGAGACCGAUCCCCGCAUUACACACCAGAUUGUCGACCGACCGCAGCUGCCUGAGUCUUCUCUCCCAGCUAUCCCAGCCGCCGCCGAGGAGGAUUCAGGUGCCGUCCAGAAGGUGAAGCCUGGUACUCGUAUUCCCGGCCGUACUUAUGUCCAGCCCCAGUGGGUCUGGGACUGCAUCAAUGAGGGCAAGCUUGUUCGCCCCGAUUUGUAUUCUCCUGGCGCCACCCUUCCACCUCACCUGAGCCCGUGGGUCAAGCCCUCAAGGGGUGGUUACGAUCCUCGUGCCAGUCUGGCUGAGCAGGAGGAGGAAGGUGAAGCCGAAAUGGCGGAAGAUAGUGAUGAGGAAAUGGAAGAGGCGGCCGAUGAGAAGAGCAAGACCGCUUCCAAGGACGAGGCCGAGUCUGAAAGCGAAGAGGAUGACGAUGAUGAAUCUGUCGACGGCGGCAUGGAUGUUGCAGGCACCGACGAUGAUGAGAGCGAGAGCGAGAGCGAAGAGGAAGAUGAGGACUUUGGAGGAUUCGAGGAUGAUGAAGCUGCUUCUGAAUCCGAAGACGAAGAAGAGGUUGCCCGCACACAGCACCAGAAGGAACUGGAGGCUGAAGCUGCUGGUCUUCCCUUCUCAUCCAACGGUGCUACCAGCGACGCGUCCAAGAAGAAGGCCUCCCAGGCGAAGAAGAUUGCUGCCAAGAAGCGCAAGGAGGAGGAAGAGAUAGAGAGACAGAAGAUGAUGAUGAGCCGCAAGAAGCGCAAGCUGCUCGAGAAGAUGAUGUACUCCAACAAGAAGCAGUCCGAGGAAGCGGCCAAGCUGCGGUCCAAGAGGAGAAAGCUUGAGAAGGGAGCCGCGAAAUGA